AUGUCAGUUUCGUACGACUUUGCGGGUAAAGUAGUGUUGAUAACAGGCGGGGGUUCGGGUAUCGGUGCCGCCACUGCCGUAGAGUUUGCCAGAUAUGGCGCUCAGGUAGUUAUCGGCGACAUCGACGCCACUGGACUGACACAAGCGGCCACACAGUGUCUGAAUGUAUCCCCGAAUGCAUUGAAAGCAUUGCAAGUGUUGGCAGACGUUACCAAAGAGGGAGACCUACAGAGACUGGUGGACACGACUAUCACCGCAUGCGGACAGUUAGAUAUUCUGGUCAAUAACGCCGGCGUCUCAAGGAAUAUCAAUAUAAACCACCCGGAUUAUAUGACUUCAUAUAAACGCAUUUUGAGUACAAACUUGGAUUCAAGCGUACAUUUGACUCAUUUAUGUGUCCAGUAUUUGGAGAAAACUAAAGGAGUUAUUGUCUACACAUCCAGUGUUAUGGCAUAUCAAGCGACACCGGAUUUUUCAGCGUAUUGUAUGUCAAAAGCGGCGAUAAAUAUGUUCACCAAAUGUAUGGCCAUAGAGUUAGGCGGGAAAGGCAUUCGUGUUAAUAGUGUUAAGUGA